AUGCCAAGGUGGGCGGAGUCGAGCAAUUUCGACGGGUCCAGCGGACCUCCUGGUUCUCCCAUCCAGCCGAAGUGGGAAGGGAAAAUCGCUCACUCAAUCAAGCUGCUAGGAGGCUCACGGCUCGGUUGUCUGCGUCACACAAGACGAAAAGGGAGCACUGAGCACACUGGGCUGCGACUGUUGCCAGAGGUCAAUUUGGGCGGAGUUUUUCUUGUCAGUCUUCUUGGAGGACAGGUGAAACCUUGCCUGGGGAUCGAGACGCGGGACGGAGAAUUCUCUCCACAGAAGAAAAAAGUCGGAAAUAAGUUUGUGCCAAGAAUAGUCAAACAGAUGAUCCAAAGCAGCGAGGGUGCUGCAGCGUUGGAGGAGCUCGUUCUUUGUAGUAGUCAUGUAUGUACAGUCCUGGAGAUCAACCGUGGGAAGUAUGGAAAAUGUGCUGUUCGUACAUAUGUCCAGGACAUAUACAUACAGGAUGCGUGCGGGAUUUUCACGAGCGGUCCCAGUGAUGCUUUAGACUUUGUGGACUUGGACUCUCGGCGUCGUGAUGGCAUCCCAGUCAGCGCAUCCUGA